AUGUCUUCCACCCCUCUACGAGCCUCUUCUGAACCCCCCACGUCAAUCCUCAAGAGGAAAACUGCCUCUACGCCCCCCUUCGUCCUAAAACCCAUCAUCCAGCGCACAGGGCCCCAGUCCUCUGUCUCAGAUUCUAUGUCUGCCACUUCCGAUCAGGGACCUUCUUUUGAUCACCGUCCUGCACCCCCCUCCUCUCCUCCUCCCCAAUACCUCCCUCCUGAUUCCAUCCAGGCAGCGUUGCAUGAAUGGCCCCAUUCUUCCCACCAAAACUACACCCACAAUCAACAGGUUGCCCUCGAACUCUACUCCCGGUCAAACCAAAACAAUGAAACCUUCCGUCAGUGGUUUCAAAAUCUCCUCGACCAGUCCCACUCUUCUUUGGCCUCCUUCUACGACGACCUUCUCAGCACCGCUGCCGCCCGUUACGAAACCCAUAGGGAAUCGCUCCAGUCUCAAUUGAAUUCCCUCGAAGCCAGCUACAACGUUUUCAAAGCCUCCGUCGAAACCCAGCGCCGCGAGUCUUACCAUCUCCACUCCCGCCAACUUGCGAAAACCAAAGAAUCGUUCCGCUCCAUGCGUGACUCCAUCCGGCUCCAUGCCGUCCGUCAUCUUGCAUCCCCCUCCGACUUUGAAAACUUCCUAUACGACCUUAAUAUGCCCCGUCCCCCUCGCAGCGCUAGACUCCCUCCUGGAAGAGGUCGCCCCAGGCCCUCCGGUUGA